AUGGCAGCAUCCCAUCUAAACUUUUCCACUUUUCAUAAUAUCGUCAAUGGCGAGCACCGUGGCUCCGACAAGACAGCCUUCGGUGUUGACCCAUCUACAGAGUGCAAGUUAUGGGAUGUUCCAGUGGCCACGGCGCAGGAUGUAGAGGAUGCUGUGAAUUCUGCCAACAACGCUUUCGAGGCCUGGUCCACGACACCUUUCGAGCAGCGAGUGACGAAGCUCGCUCAAUGGAGACAACUCUAUGAGAAACACGUCGAGGAUUUCACUAGGCUGCUUAUGAUGGAGUGUGGAAAGCCGCGCUCUGUGGCAGCCGGAGAAGCCAACGAGGUACUCGCCCUAUUUGAUCACAACGAGAGCCUGCGCAUCCCGGAGGAGUGCCUGGAGGAUGACACGCGUGUUAUAAUCACGCGCCAUGUGCCAGUCGGUGUUGUUGCUGCUGUAUGCCCGUGGAACUUCCCCCUGGUGUUGUCCCUGGGGAAGAUCCUGCCUGCGUUAUUGACGGGGUGCUCGAUCAUCGUUAAACCAUCGCCCUUCACGCCCUACUCCGCGCUGAAAAUGGUUGAACUGGCCCAGCAUGUAUUCGCUCCUGGUGUUGUGCAGGCCAUUGGUGGUGAUGACUCUAUCGGCCCGGCACUCGUCAGUCACCCCAAUGUCCACAAAAUCAGCUUCACCGGCUCCAGUAUUACAGGCAAGAGAAUCAUGGCCUCGGCAGCUGCAACACUCAAAAGAGUGACUUUAGAGCUGGGAGGUAAUGAUCCAGCGAUCAUAUACCCUGACGUGGACGUUGAGAAGACUGCAGCGGAAGUGGUUCAAGGUUGCUUUGUCUUCUCCGGACAGGUGUGCGUUGCAACCAAGAGAGUCUAUGUGCAUGAAUCCAUUUACGCACCAUUCCUAGAUGCCAUGGUGAUCGCGGCUUCCCGGAUCAAGGUGGGCAAGGCGGACGAUCCAAGCACCACGAUGGGCCCGAUGCAGAACAAGAUGCAGUACGACAAGGUCCAAGAGCUCGUGGCCGACUGCAAAGCCCAGGGCUACAAAUUUGCCCUCUCGCCACGUCCUAUUCCCACCGGCGCAGGCUACUACCUCUCCCCAAGCAUUGUCGACAAUCCACCUCCAACUGCCCGCAUUGUAGUUGAAGAGCAGUUUGGCCCGAUUGUGCCGGUUCUCAAAUGGUCGGAUGAAGCAGAUGUCAUUGCUCGCGCCAACAGCACCUCGGCAGGCCUUGGAGCGUCCGUGUGGAGUGCCGAUACUUCUCGCGCCGAGCGCGUGGGCAGGCAAAUGCAGGCCGGCAGCGUCUUCUUGAAUUCAUGGGCCAAGACGACGCCACGGGCAAUGCUGUCUGGACACAAGGAGAGCGGGAUUGGGGGGGAAUGGGGGUCCACUGGGAUGCUGCAAUACUGCAACACGCAAGUCGUGCAUAUCUUUAAAUGA